AUCCCAAGUUUCGUUCUUUAUUUAAUAUCUGUGACGUCAGAGGGAUCCUAAUAGCGCACUCGCGGGUCUCGCGCUUCACUCUGAACUCUUCCGAGCGCGCGCCGGUGUGGCGAGACUUUGCUCGCGCGUAAGCCUGAACCACUUCAGCUAAAAAACAGAGAGAAGAGAGGAAAACACGGUUUAAAACCUCGUCUUCAUACGGAUUCAUCGCGUUCCUCUUCAGAAGUGGAUUAGAGUACAGCUCGCUUUUGAACUUGCCUGCUCGGAAGAUGAACCGCUGUGGCGAGAGGACUGAAACCCCCUCUGAGUGCAGGCAGUGUGGUGGUCCCAGGUAAAGGUGUCCUAUGAGGUGAGCUCCACCUCCCCCCUCAGCCCCCCUGUCCCAGCGCCAGCAGCAGCUGCACAACUGAGGGAUGUCCAAGCUGUUCAUCCUGCUCAGCCUGCUCAUACUCUCCUCCUGCAUCCAGGCGUCCUCUGCUUUGUCCGUGAAAACUUUAAUGGCAAGAUGGAUGACGUACAAAAAUGAAUGCAUCCAAAACAACAGCAGGGAACCACCGGUCACAGGUCUUGUGUGUAAUAGGACUUUUGAUAAAUACGCUUGCUGGCCAGAUGGGUUGCCCAACACCACUGUGAGUGUGCCCUGCCCCUGGUACCUGCCCUGGCAUAGAACAGUUCAGCAUGGCUUGGUAUAUCUGGAGUGUGAUGCAGAUGGCCAGUGGGCCAAGAAGAAGAACACUAGUGAGUGUGAACCAAAUGACCCAGACCAGAGGGAUACGCAGCACUAUGGAAGGAUCCUCAGUAAGUUCAGGGCCAUGUACACUGUGGGUUACUCUCUCUCCCUUGGAGCGCUGGUGCUGGCACUGGGCAUCUUGGUGGCCUUCAGGAAGCUGCACUGCAUGAGGAACAACAUUCACAUGAACCUGUUUGCGUCCUUCAUCCUGCGAGCCUCGUCUAUUCUCAUCAAAGACGCCUUGCUGGAGAGGCCAAGUUUCAACAUUGACCCUGGCAUCACCACGGACCUGGAGAUGGAGUGGCUCGUCAAGAACGAGGUUUUGCAGACUGCCGUCGGCUGCAGGAUAGCCAUGGUGAUGAUGCAGUACAGUAUCAUUGCUAACAGCUACUGGCUGCUGGUGGAAGGCAUUUACCUGCACAACCUGCUGGCAGUGACGGUUCUGACUGAGGGGAACUACUUGAGCGUCUACCUGUGCAUAGGCUGGGGAGCGCCACUGAUCUUUGUGUUGCCCUGGAUCAUCGUGAAAUACCUCUAUGAGAAUGAGGAGUGCUGGGAGCAGAACAUAAACAUGGAGUACUGGUGGAUUAUCCGUUCCCCCAUACUGCUGGCAGUGCUGAUCAACUUCUUCAUAUUCAUCCACAUCAUUAAAAUCCUGGUGUCAAAACUGAGGGCUCACCAAAUGAGAUAUUCCGACUACAAGUUCCGGCUUGCCAAGUCCACUCUCACUCUGAUCCCUCUGCUUGGCAUUCAUCAGGUCCUGUUUUCAUUCGUCACUGAUGAGUCUACCUCAAACGGCGCUGUAUCCCUGCGCCUCACCAAACUCUUCAUUGACCUCUUCUUUAAUUCCUUCCAGGGGCUGCUUGUGGCCAUCUUGUACUGCUUGGUCAACAAAGAGGUGCAGUCUGAGAUCCUGAAGAGAUGGAAGCGAUGGAAGCUCGGGAAGGACAUUGAGGAGGAGUAUCGCCACACCUAUAGCAACACGGCUCAGGUCACCAACAGCAUGCCUGUCCAUGCUUCGGCCAAGCCCAGGCUGCCAGACAUCGCCCAUCUGGCCUCUCCGCUCUCCAGCCCUGAGGAGAAGCAUCUGCUGGCCAUCGGCUGCCAGAACGGCCUGGACCUCCAACUGAGGGUGCCCCUGACCUCCCUGCCACACGAGGGCGCCACUAACAGUGGCCCACCAGAGGACCCUGAGCUGGCUCAUAGAGUGCAGUGUUACAAAGCACCCCAGGGGAAUGAUGAGAGCAACCUGUGAGAAGGAGGAGCGUGCGUGAGUAUCGCAGUGAUGGUUCCUGCCCGGCCCACGCUCCAGUCUCACUCAGUCUGGAUCGGUCCUGAGCCCGCCGUCCGAGCAGCAGUCACGUGUGUGACUGUGAGUCUGAAUCCCAGUCGCGUGUGUGACUAGGAGUCUGAAUGAUUGUGUAUGUAUGCGUGCAAAUGUGUGUGCACGUGCCUCUGUGGCCACUCUCUGGGUGUGUGAGUCUGAGAGUGUAUGUGUGUAUGCAUGAGUAUAUACACAGUACUAAGCAAAAAUCAGAGACCACCCUUCAUUUAUUUGAUUUCCAGUCAAAACAGACUUUAAGUACAAAGUAUUCAUUUUUCCAGCUUUAGGAAAACAUGUAUGUAACAGAAAAUGACACAGAAGCCUCAAUAACUCAAUAUAAUAUUAAUUUAUUUACUAUUUAGUGUGUCCACCUUUUGCAUUUAUUACAGCUUCUAUUCUCUUCAGGAGAA